AUGUCAAUUCUAGAAGCCAAGCCUGAGCCAGUCACGGUCAAAACUGAACUAGGAAUUGAGCCGCCCACAACCAACUUGGAGUCUUAUUCUUCGGCAACUGUAGAGGUAAAAUUUCUGGACGACGAAGUACAUGUCAAAACUGAGACUGACAACACAGAUGGCCACAACUCUAACUUUGACUCCACCCUGAGUUGUGCUGGUGACAGCCACAUGGAUCCGGAUCCUUGCCUGGGCAUGAAAGACGGAUCCACGGAUCCAUUACGAGGAUCCACUUCACCGUUGCAAAAUAUAAUAAUUAAAAUUUCUGAACCUGCGCAGAAUGUAUUAAAGAAAGUGCCAGUUGUUAAACAAAGUGUGCCAAUUAAAGUUAUUUCUGAAUCUGCAUCGCAGAAUCCGGAAACAAACACAACAUCAAAAGAUUUAAUUAUAGCAAAACCACAACCAAAGAGUGUACAGUUAGCAAAAAUUCCACCGUCAGCAAAGGCCACAAUAGUAGCUCCGACAACAAAAGUGACAACAAAGGGAAUGGUAGCAGAAAAUGCAGCUAAAGUGGUGCCGAAAACAUAUAGUUUUGAGAAGCACCAUAAAUGUGCGACAUGCGGCAAGACGUACGCGAUGGCCUCAGGGCUGCGUCGUCACGUGGCCUCUGCGCACGAGCACGCCCCCAAGCGGCGGCCGCACGUCUGCCAUCUCUGCGGGAAGUCAUUCACGGCCACAAAGUCCCUGAAAGAGCACCUGCUGUGCCACCAAGGAAUCCGGCCGUUCCAAUGCAAGCUCUGCCCCGCGACGUUCACAUACUCCGCCGCUCUUUUCACACACAACAGACUGAAACACCUCAAGAUGAAGUGGAAGAAGAAGGCAGGUAACGGGACGGCAGGAGUGGAGAAAGGAGUGGGGGAGGUGGGAAAAGGAGUGGGGGAGGUGGGAAAAGGAGUGGAGGAAGUGGGAAAAGGAGUGGAUGAGGUGGGAAAAGGAGUGGAUAAGGUGGGAAAAGGAGUGGAGGAAGUGGGAAAAGGAGUGGAGGAGGUGGGAAAAGUAGUGACGGAGGUGGGAAAAGGAGCAGAGUCUAUGGAUAUUGAUCAGUUUUUCAAUAAGAUAGUGUAA